AUGGAAAAGUGAGUUUAAAAUAGCUCGAAUUUUCUUUUUCAGCCAAACAUUUUGAAAAUUUUCAGAAAUGAACUGGAAAAUGCCAAAAGUCUGGCGAAAUUCGGAUUUUGUCUGGCUAUUAUGACGUCAUUUUGUACAGUAACCCUGAUUCCAGCAAUUUUUUUCAAUAUUAUUGUGAGUUUUUUAUGGCGAAAAAUUUUGAGUUCAAAUUUUUUUUCAGAAAAUUCGAACCGAUUUUGAUGAGCAGUUUUUGAGGUGUGGUGGCAGGAAUUUUGAAGAGAAUUUUGGAGAAUUUUCGCGCGGAAAACGGCAGGUUCAAAAGAGGAUUUCGGAAUUUGUGAGUUUAUUUUGCUACGUGGCAUUACGGUAGUUGGAUUCUUGUGGUUUUCAGCACAAAUUUUCAACCUUGAGCAUUUUCCUGAGCUGAAAUUUUGUGCUGAAAAUCAUAAAAUACUUGAUUUUCUGCAAAUUUUAGUAAUUUAUUCAUUUUCAGAACAAAAUUUCGAAUUAGAAAACAACUAAAUUGAAAAAUUGAAUCCCAGAGAAAUUAAUGAGAAUUUUUUGAAACAGUAAUUUUUUUCAAAACAAAAUUUUUGAAAUUUUCGAAAAAAAAAAUUACUAGAUCACAUUUUUGUGCUGAAAAACUUGGAAAUCGGUGGGUUUUGUGAUUUUCAGCUAUUAGCUAUUUCAGAACAAAAUUUGAGCCCGUAAAAUUUUCCUGAGCUGAAAAUCAUAAAAGUCGUGAUUUCCAGUGAAUUUAUGAUUUUCGGCACAAUUUUUUACUCGAUUAUGGAGCAUGAUAUCAAAAAUUGAAAAAUCAACAAAUUAAUGAAAAAUAAUUGAAACAGUAGAUUUUUCAAGUAUGAAUUUUUAUUUUCUAAAUCAAGUUUGUAUGCUGAAAAUCAUGAAAGACUUUGUUUUACUGCAAAUUUCAGUGGUUUAAUCAUUUUCGGCACAAAAAUUCAAGGUAAUUUUAAAGAUUUAUUGAAAAAUUAAACUUGCGAAUUUUUAUGGCUUAUUUUUGAAACAGUAAAUUUUUUCAUAACAAAAUUUUAGAAUUUUUCGAAAAACCUAUUUCUAGAUCAAAUUUUUGUGAUGAAAAUCUUCGAAAUCAGUGGAUUUUUGUUAUUUUCAGCAAUUUCAGCACAAAAUUUGAGCAUAUGAAUUUUCUGUGAUUCAAAAUUUGAUGAAUCUGGAUCAAAAUUCUAAAAAAUCAACCAAAUUAAUGAAAUAAGUUUGAAACAGUGAAAAAAUUUAGCUUUUUUUUAAAUUUUGAAAUUUAAAUUUCUGUGUUGGUAAUCAGAAAAAAAAAUCAGAAAUUUUAAACUCAAAAAAUCUAUGAAGAAAUUUUGAAACAGUGAAUUUUUCCAGGACGCCUAUCAAAGUGGCUACACUCUAACCCAACCAAUCUUCGCCUCUCAAAAAUAUCAUCAUCAAAAAUGUUGUCAAUGCUCCCAAGGCCCUCCAGGUCCCAUUGGAGAUCCCGGAAAAUCCGGCGAGAAUGGCCUAGAUGGCCCGUCGGGCCUUCCAGGCCGGCCUGGAAAUGAUGCACUCGAAAAAAUGAUCGCCGAUGGUUAUGUGGAUUUUUGCUUUGAAUGUCCGCCGGGCCUACCGGGCCAGCCCGGAAUGCCUGGAUUGAGAGGGCCGGUGGGAGAGGUUGGAGCGAGAGGCAAGCAGGGGAAACGGGGAGAAAGGAUUCCUGGACCUAGUGAGUUUUUUUUGGGAGGGAGGGAUUUGGAGAAAAAAAAUUAAAUGUUUCAAAAAUUGAUAUUUUUGAAUUAGGUUUGGAAUUUUAGAUUUUCAUGGUUUGAUAGAAAAAUAGAUAGCUAAAAAUUUCACUGUUUCAAAAAUUGAAUAAUUUUUUUCUGAAGUUGGGAUUUUUUGAUAAAAUCAGUAGGAAAAAAUCAACUGUUUCAAAAAAUUGAUAACAAUUUUUCGCAUUUGAAUUUUUCUGAUAAUUUUUUGGUUGGUAUGAUCAAAAAUUGAGAAAUCUUUAUAUAAAAUCUAAAAAAAAUCUUAAUUGAAAAAUUCACUGUUUCAAAAAAUGCAUAAUUUUUUCUGAAGUUGGGAUUUUUGAUUCAGUAAGCCUCGGUAAUAUCUGAAAUUUGAAUUCGAAAAUUAAUUUUCACAAGAGCAAAAAAUUUACUGUUUCAAAAAAAUGAUAAAAAUUUUUCACUUUUGAAUUUUUUGAUAGUUAAGUGGUUGGUAUAAUCAAAAAUUCAGAAAUUUUUACAUAAAAUCUUAAUUGAAAAAUUCACUGUUUCAAAAAAUGCACAAUUGUGAGUCCUGAUAAUUCUAGCCAAUUUUGCAUUCCAAAAUUAAUUUUCACAAUAGCAAAAAAUUAACUGUUUCAAAAAAUUGAUAUUUUUCAAAUCAGAUUUUGAAAUUGAUACUUUCUUAACACAAUAAGCACACUUAUACAGUUUGUGAAAACUUUACGAACAAAUUUUUUUCCACAAAAAUUUACUGUUUCAAAAAAUGAAUAACUAUUUUCCACAUUUGGAUAUUUGAUCAACCUAUAAUUUUCGAAAAUUUAGGAAAAUUAUUUUUUUUUAAUUUUCACUGUUUCAAAAAUUGAUCGUUUUGGAUUUGGUUUAGAAUUUUAUUUUCUCAUAAGAUUUGAUGGAAAAAUAGCUAGCUAAAAAUUUCACUGUUUCAAAAAAUGCACAAUUUUUUCUGAAGUUGGGAUUUUUGAUUUUAUAAGACCUGAUAUUUUCAGCCAAUUUUGAUUCAGAAAAUUUUCCCAAUGGCAAAAAAUUAACUGUUUCAAAAAAUUGAUAUUUUUCAAAUCAGGUUUUGAAAUUGAUAUUAAUCAAAAAUAAGCGCAAUUACAGUUUGUGAAAACUUUCCGAACAAAUUUUUUUCAACAAAAAUUUACUAUUUCAAAGAAUACUUAACUAUCUUCCACAUUUGGAUAUUUUUGAUUUUUUUAAGUUCGAUACAAAAAUUUGAUAAUUUUAUUGAAAAUCAUAGGUUUCAAGUCUUCAUAGCUUUUUUUCAACAAAAAUUCACUGUUUCAAAGAAUUCAUAACUAUUUUCCACAAUUGGAUAUUUGAUCAACCUAUAAUCUUCGAAAAUUUAGGAAAAUUAUUUGUUUUAAUGUUCACUGUUUCAAAAAAUAAUUAAAUUUUUAUGAAAAACUCCCCAAAACAAUUUUUUUCAGUCGGACCACCUGGCAAUCCUGGAAAAAACGGAGCUGUUGGUAAACCGGGUCUCCCUGGAGCCCCCGGCAAAACUCACAUCAUGGAAGGUCCCCCAGGUCCUCCUGGAAUCUCAGGGCCUGUAGGGAGCCCGGGGAGUCCAGGAGCUCCCGGGCCCACCGGGCCUCCGGGAAAGACCGGGAUUCCCGGACCACGCGGGCUUUCGGGGCGUCCGGGGAUGUCUGGGAAGCCGGGAGCUCCAGGAGCUCGCGGGGAUCCUGGUCGAAAAGGCGAUGAAGGAUCGUGUAAACAUUGCCCACCAGCUAGAACACCUCCCGGAUAUUGA